AAAGUCGUAGCUCCCAAAAACUACUGCACCAAGCAACUUAGCCUAGCUGCUAACUGCCUUCCGCAUACUGAAUAGCGAUAAGCAACCAAAAGAGUCGCAAGUCAAUUUCGCCAGUCAAAUGUCCAGUCUGCACCGCCCAACCAUACACCACACCCCGCCAUAUUCAAGACCCCGAUUUUUACUACUGUAAUUAUCCUCCCUGAGAGCGACACCGGACCCCUAACGUGAACCGAUACCGGGCCAUAUCGGAGACAUUUUUUAAUUAUUUAGGAAACCACGCGCCAUCGCGCGUGUUUUACUGCAUGGACGCUCAAGGCGGCGUGGGGGUGAUUGGCGGUGGUCACGGCGGAGCCUCUUCGCCAACCUCUAUUCGCAACGGCACCGCCAAUGCAAAACGGAAACGCAGCGGCGCGGGCUUCGAGAGCAGUCCCGGGAGCGUUGAUAUCGCGGAGAAUGAAGAGGAUGAGGCCGAGAGGAGGCGACAGCCCGGCGUGAAAAGGGCUUGCAAUGAGUGUCGUCAACAGAAGUUACGAUGCGAUGUCGUCCAGGAUCCUUUUACCACCUGCUCGAGGUGCAUGCGAUUGAAGCUGGAAUGCAAGAUCGAGUCAAACUUCAAGCGUGUGGGGAAGCGCAGUAAACAUGCCGAGAUGGAAAAGCAAAUUGAGUCAUUGCGACGGAGUCUGCAACGGGCGCAAGCACAGGGAUAUGCGGUCGAGGAAGAGGAGGAUAUCGAAAGCCCUAUGGGUAACGGCAUGUACAGCAACUCGAUGAACAAUUCGUCGUUCCUGCGCAACUCUGAUGAGGCGGUAUCGUCGCUCCUCCACCUAAAACAAAGCGGCACCUACAAUAUACCUCGAGUAGCGCACCAGCUGGAAGAUGUACGCUUGACGGAAGAUCAAGUCAAUCAGCUCUUCAGCGACUACUUCACUUUCUACCAUCCAUUUCUUCCGUUUCUCAACCCCUCGCAACCGCCAGAGCAAUACUUCACACAAUGCCCGCUUCUCUUCUGGGCCAUCAUCUCGGUCUCGGCUCGGCGUACCAAUGUAAUGGAUAACCUCCUCACGUCGCUAGCUGGCCCUCUCUCAAGGUUACUCUGGACAACCAUUGGUGGCGUUCCUGGCAGCCACUACGCCAUCAAGGCACUGUGCCUGCUCUGCACAUGGUCAUUACCUACAAGCACAACAGCUACAGACCCGACCCACAUACUCAGCGGAGUAUUGAUGAAGGCUGCCACAGGCAUCGGGCUUCAUAGGCCCAGCCAUGCACAAGACUUCUCUCGAGUCUCUGUCGAAUUCAACAAGGACGAGUUACAUGACCGAGUGACUACGUGGGCAGUUUGCAAUAUUGUCUCGCAGACUAUUGGCACAGGGUAUGGCCAGCCGGCAACGACACUAUACGACUGGACUCUAGCGAUCCGACCCGGCGAUGCGGGGCCAUUCCAGCUAUCGGCAGAGCUGGAGGCGAGGCUACGAAUUGAACGAUUCACAGACAAGGUGUCCAAGGAGAUGUUCAGCAACGCCAGCGAUCCCCAAGGUGUUUCCGGAGAUGAGCUCCGGGCGAUGCUGACGCGCAUCUUCAGGCGUGAGUAUGCCGAUUUAGAGGCAUCUAUUCUUUCAGACCAAAAUCUCUCCCCAUUUAUAACCGUAUUUCUCAAAGCUGCUGGCCUGCAUUUACGACUAGCCGCGUUCUUCGAUUCUCGAUCUACCCCGAAUUACAUGGAUGAUCUACUUGGAUUAUGGCGGGCGACGACGGGGUUUCUUACGACGGUAUUCAGCCUCGAGACACCUUCGGGCACACACUCGGGCAACAUCCUUCAGUAUGGUACAAACUAUAUGUCCCAAAUGAUUGUAGCUGCCGGGUUUGCGCUGCUGAAGCUCUUGAGCAGCUUCUUCUCGGCGGAAAUCGAUUUCGACCGAGGGAGGCUGCUGUUCCACAAGACGAUCCAGGCCAUUCGUAGUAUGAGUGUCACCAACAACGAUCUUCUGUGGCGACUUGCCGAACUGAUGGCGCAGAUGUGGAACGGGCUGCGGGCGGAGAAGAGGACGGAGCACGGCAGUAGUGAGCUGGAUGGAUCAAUGCAGCUGAAAGUAAGGUGCCGUCACAGCAUGAGCUUGGUAUAUGAUACGAUCUGGCGCUGGCGCGAAGAAUAUCAAGCUCAGGGCCGCGGGAGCAUCGAAGGUACGUCCUUGCGGAUACCUCGUCAAUCGGCCGGCACGACUUCUUCCUCCUGGCUUGAUGCUAACCGAGACUGGGAUGCAGCCGCCUUGAAAAACCCGACAAACCCCGAAUCUGCCGAAGAUUCUCGGGCAUCAUCCACUCCCCUCGACAGCACCCUAGCCCCCCCUCCACAUACACUGCACCAGGGCCUGCCGAAUCAUAUGGCGACUUCUUUAUCUGGGCUCGGGGGAAUGAGUGGCUAUGGGGAGAGUAAUUAUGAGGUCUUCGAUCCGCUGAAUUGGAUGCUGGAUGGAUUGGUCGACUUCCCUUAUUCAUAUGCAGCGGUGCAAGGAUUGGAGACUCAAGGAAUGAGCUGAGUAGGGCGCAGCUCGGUCGUAAAUGACAAAUGCGGUAUGAUGUUGUAUUUUUUUCACAAAAAACGGUGUGCUCAAAUCGGCGUGCGGGAG